AUGGUCUCAAGACUGCGGAGCAUAUUCACGUACAGCAUAGACACCACUUCAUGUAGGGGCACUGGACUGCCUAGAGUUGGAGGAAGGGACCCUGUUCUCACAUCGCUUUCCUGUUUGCCUCUCCUGCAAUAUGGAUUUGACAUAUUAAUCAUUACAGCAACAGCUAAAAUUCCACUGUGCUUCAUUAAUCCGGAGAAAAAUACCAUGUCAGCUGGUGCUGUGGGAAUACUGCAGCAGCUCUCUGUCCUUCCAGUGUCUCCUGGGAAGAACAUCUUUCUCUCAAGUGAACAGUGCUUACCCCUUCAAGCAUCCAGUCUUAGCAAUAAGAGGAGCACAUCUCCAAAUUUAUAAUGAAAGACAAGCAAAGUGGGACUUCAUGGCCUUGGCUGGACACCAAGUGAUAGCUAAUUUUUGCAGCAGGGAAGACGAAAUAACAAGUCCCUGGAUUGCAAUUUUGGUUUCUCCUUCUGUUCUCAAACAAAAUUGUUUAAAUAAUAAACUCUUGUCUUCAUCAUAA